AUGAGCAAAUUCGGAGUUCUCGUCAUGGGCCCAGCUGGGGCAGGCAAAUCAACCUUCUGCUCAGCCCUCAUAACCCACCUGCAAAACAACCGCCGCGCCUGCUUCUACGUGAACCUCGACCCCGCCGCCGAAACCUUCACCCACGAGCCCGAUCUCGACAUCAAAGACCUCAUCUCGCUCGAAGAUGUCAUGGAGGAAAUGGGCCUCGGCCCAAACGGGGGUCUCAUCUACUGCUUCGAAUUCCUACUCGAGAAUCUCGAAUGGCUAGGCGAUGCCCUGGAUCCUCUGACUGAGGAAUACCUCAUUAUAAUCGAUAUGCCGGGCCAGAUUGAACUCUAUACGCAUAUUCCCAUAUUACCUGCGCUGGUGAAGCAUCUGACCAAGACGGGGGCGCUGGAUGUCAAUCUCUGUGCUGCGUAUUUGCUCGAAGCUACCUUUGUGGUUGAUAGGGCCAAAUUCUUUUCGGGGACGCUGAGUGCCAUGAGUGCGAUGAUCAUGUUGGAGGUGCCGCAUGUUAAUAUAUUGUCUAAGAUGGAUUUGGUGAAAGGGCAGAUUGCGAAACGGGAGUUGAAGCGCUUUCUAGACCCCGAUACUACGUUACUGGACGACGAACCGGUGGCAGAAGGGGAUGAAGAUAAUGGAGAAGGUGGACCAGGCGAAACGGAGACGUUGAUGAGGGGGAAGAGCUUCAAGAGGCUGAACAGGGCCGUGGCGGGGCUGAUUGAUAGCUUUAGCAUGGUGUCGUACCUACAGCUAAAUGUACAGGAUGAAGAUAGUGUAGGUGGUAUAUUGAGCUAUGUCGAUGAUGCGAUUCAAUUCCAUGAGGCACAGGAGCCUAGAGAGCUUGUCGAUCAUGAUAUGGAUGAGGAGCAGGCGGACAUGGAAUGA